GAUAGUUACUGUUAUGAGGCCUAUUCAUAAUGACAGCUGCUUGGAAACGUGUCAACUGUGUCAAGCCGCUGCUUUUAUCUCAAUGAAAAGUUUGUUGCCUUUGUUGAACUGAGGAAAGAAGUUUGUAUCAAAAAGUAUGACUCUCAAAGAGACACUUUUAUUGACAUUAGCCAUAUGUUUCAUAAAUGGAAAGCUGGUUUAUGGAGAAGAUAAUGAUGAUGGAGAUGCGUCAGUUCCCAGUUUUCGGUUAGGUCAACAAUUGAAUGAAACCAAGUCUAUGAGUGUUGAAAAAUAUUUGAUUUAUGAAGUCAAUCCCGGAGAAGGUUUUAAUCUUAGAAGAGAUGUGUUUAUUAGAGUUGCUAACCUAGUUAAGCUUCUACAAUCUCAAGGGGAAAACAUUGUUUUGGUACUCCCACCAUGGAGAACAUUGUAUCAUUGGAAAUCAGGACGACAGGAAAAUGCUUUACCUUGGAGAAAGUUUUUCGAUAUUAAGAAUAUAAAUAAAUAUGUGUCUGUUAUUGAGUUUCAAGAUUUUGUUAGAAUAAAUAAAAGUCCAGGAAUCGAUCUGAUCGUGUAUUUGCAGAGGCAUCCUGAUGGAUUUAGUAAUGGAUGGGAUGAAAAAAUAGAGGAAGAUGAUUGCAAAGACAAGUCAGUCUAUUGGAAAGAUUCCGAUGGCACAUAUCAUGGAUACUUUUGGGGCCUAGAAAACGUCUAUGGAAGGGAUUUUAAAUGUGUAUCUGUUCAAGGAACAGCAAAGAUAUUAAGUGAAUACAUUGUGUCAAAAAAUGUGAGAUCAAUACUAAUAGAUAGGUUUGAAGAAGUGUUACACAUUGGAUAUGGGGAUUCAGAAUUCUGGAGGGCCCGGCGGAGUCUCGUAUUUGCAAAACCCCUUCGCCGAGAAGCCGACGAUUUUCGCAAGAAAGUUCUCGAUUCAACGGACGAAGGUGACAUCACUCCGUACAACGACAAAGACUGGAGGGAACAGAUUCCAAAAGAUGGGUCCGCAAAAGGGGGCAACUACUUGGCUGUUCAUAUGAGAAGAGGAGAUUUCGUGUUCAGUGGCAGAGAAGGAGUACCAUCAAUAAAAGCGGUCGCCAAGCAAAUAAGAAACCUGCUUAAGAAAACAAAACUUGAAGCUGUAUUCCUUGCUACUGAUGGCAGCGACAAAGAGGUUGAAGAGCUCCAAUCAAAAGUGAAAGUACCACUUCGCAGAUUUAGGCCGUCACCGGAAGCUUUACGCAAAUAUGGCGACGGAGGGAUUGCAAUUAUUGAUCAAUGGAUUGCAGCUCACGGAAGGCACUUCAUUGGAAGCUGUGAAUCAACUUUUUCGUUUCGGAUCCAUGAAGAACGGGACAUUUUGGGUUUCCAUCCUGAUACCACUUAUAACUGCUUUUGUAUGGAAAAAGACAUGGGGAAAUGUGAGCAACCGACCAGAUGGAGGGUGCAGUUUACAUGAAGUAGCAAGUCAAUUUCUUUAUUGUACAUUGGACAAUAUGUUAUCCAAGCGUUAGUUGGCAAUAUUUUAAUGAUAAUUUCGUUGCUAGAUGUAGUCAUAUAAAGGUAAAUAUUAUUUAGUUAUACAAGGGAAAGAAAAAAUAUUUUUAACAUACAUUUACGCGUUUUAGAAAGGUUGGAAUGAUACUAGUACUCAAUUUUUCUUAGAACUUUCUUAACCUGAUAUCAACCAUUUUUAGGAGCCUUUGAAAAAUAAGCAUUCUAAAAUAUUCUUUAGCUUUUGCUCAUGAUACUCUCAAAGUAUUAAACGUUUGAAUAUGUAAUCGAAAACUCAAAACAAAGAAUUUAAUGUAGUCAGUUGAUAAUUGAAAUAGGCCAAUCAGAAAUGGAAGCACGUGACUGUAAAGGUUGCCCAAUCAGCGCCGCUUGCCUACUGAAAACAUUGGAGAACCUUUUCUGUCUAUUUGCCUGCAGCUUUAAGGGAACUUGUAAAUACAUAAAGCAUGGUCGCAAAGGACAGAUUCGGUUCGAGUCUCAAUCAAGGCUAGUUUAGAAACUGUUUAAGCCCAGGAAGAAGUGAGAUAAGUUUUGACAAAUAAACAUAAUUUGUAAAUGAAAUAUAAAAGGAGUUGUUUCUCUACGUGAUAGAAAGCGAUUUCUGAAAUUGAUAAAUCACAGCUAAAUACUUUCCUAGGCUAAAAAACUCAUUACUGAACUGUCUUAACUUUUUUAGGAGCCGAGUACUACAAUUUUCUUGCAAACCAGUUUCUUAUAAAAAACAUGUUAUUGGGAUAGUUUCUUUAUUUAAUUUAGCAGAUUAGUCUAAAUUAGUUGAUGUCAUCUUUUUCCCUGUUCGUCUAGUUGUUGUUACUUUUUAAUUAGGGGUUAUGCGAUAUUGUUGUCAAAUUGUACUUUCGCAGGUCUAUAAAAAUAGUUAAAUUUACUUGUAGGAGUUUCUGAAAUUUAACUGUCUGCUCAAAUUGUUUUGUUUUGUAUUCUUAUUGAUUUCAAAGUACAGAUUAACUUGCUGUUGCAGCGGUAUAGCCACGGUAGCUUUAGCUGGAUGUGUCUAAAUAUGGGUUCUGGGGGCGAGACCAAGUGGCAUAACGAACUGAAGUUGCUUUAAGUUCAAAAACUAAGGGCCCCUUACCUUAAGGGGAUCCUAGCAAAACCGGCAUUCUGGAGAUGAUGAACGAGUUUAAGGAGCACCCAAACUUGUAUUAUGUAUCAGUCAAAAUGAAUUGAAAGCCUGUUUGAGGCACACUCUUUGUUUUGGCUGAGGGGGUCUUCCCCAAAAGCACUUCUAGAAUGAAGAGUGCAGUCUGUAAACCCAGCCCCAAAAAUCAUUUGCACGCCGCCACGCUGAUUUGGGAGAUGACUCCAAGCCAAAAAAAUUAGGCCUAAAUACGUAGUAUACAAACUUGCUUCGAAUGCAAACCUUUACAAUUUUGCGAGAAUUAUUAUAAAAAUGAAAACUUGGGAAAAAUUAUUUUUUUAU